AUGGUCUUCGGUAUCCUAACAGCCGUGGCGGCCUGUCCAGCCAUCAUUGGCACAACCGAAGCCAUCCGACAAGGCCAACGCCAAAAUGCUCGUGAAGAACACCGAGGACGCAAAUCAAACCUGACGAUUACCUUGCCAGUCAGGAAUUCCUACAGCGAACAGUUCGAUGGCGCAAUGAUUGUACUCAAGGACAACAAACUAUACAUCGACACGGAACACAGCCGACUAGGUGCCAACAUGGCCCACCCAUUUUCUGGAUAUUAUCUUCCUGUGCCAUGGAUUGGUGAACGCUGGAAAAAGGCAGGCUUCAGAAAUGGCGAGGGAAUGGUCACUACCAUCAGCGACGAUCCACCGUUUUUGAAUUGGGUCUAUCUGGACAGCAACACACACGAGGUCAAAUACGGCAUACGUGUCGAAGCGGAACCCCAUCACGUGGGCCCCUGGGACUGUACACCCAUCGACCGCCGCUUAACCUUUGAAGGAUGGGAGGGUUUCGUCAUUGUACAAGAAGACGAAGAAAGCGAUCUCUGGGCACUGUAUUUCGACCGCGACGAUGACGGCUUGCGAGGUCCAGGCAAAGUCGGCACUCAAGACAAAAGAAUGCUUCUGGUCGAGGUUUCGAGAAAGGAAAUGCGGAGGACCAAAUUGGUCUCUGAUGAAGAAAGAAUUACACGGAUUCGCGAGCAAGCGGAUAAGGAAAAGAGGCGAGCACAAGCAGAACUCGAGGUCACAGCAACAACAACAACCACGGAGGAAGUGGCAAACCAAAGCUCAGACUCACAAUCUGCGACAAGCGUUGGUGACGAAGCUCAAAAACCCAAGACUCAGAAGUCCGAGAGCGAGGGAUCAAAAGCCCAUGAUGAUACCUCAAGCAUAUCUACCAAACGAGGUCUUUCCGAAUCUCUAGGCUCGUUGCGCAUCGGACACAACAAUGGUACCUCGAAUGCCGAUACCAAGGCGAAGAACAAUGAGACCACAGCCGGAGCAGGACUCACAACUCACCACGACAACAACUCGAGUGAGUCUGUCUAUCAAGAGUCAUCUCAAUCAUCAAGCUCGUAUCACACCGCCAGCUAUGAGAUUACUUCCGAGACUCAAACUACCACUACAACUUGGUGA